AUGGUUUCAGAAUACGAUAAAUACUCAACUCCAUUAUCUUCAAGAUAUGCAUCUGAAGAAAUGUCAGCAGUUUUUUCAUUAAGAAAUAGAUUUUCAACAUGGAGAAAAUUAUGGUUGAAUUUAGCAAAAGCUGAGAAAUUAGUUGGAUUAGAUAUGAUCACUCAAGAAGCUAUAGAUGAAAUGUCUCAACAUUUAGAAAUAACCGAUAAAGAAAUUCAAGAUGCAGCUAUAGAAGAAAGUAAAGUACGUCAUGAUGUUAUGGCUCAUGUUCAUACAUUUGGAGAAACAUGUCCUUCAGCUGCUGGUAUUAUUCAUUUAGGUGCAACUUCAUGUUUUGUUACUGAUAAUGCUGAUUUAAUCUUUUUAAGAGAUGCUUAUGAUAUUUUAAUACCAAAAUUAGUUAAUGUAAUUGAUAGAUUAAGUCAAUUUGCAUUGGAAUAUAAAGAUUUACCAGUUUUAGGGUGGACUCAUUUUCAACCCGCUCAAUUAACAACUGUUGGUAAGAGAGCUACUUUGUGGUUACAAGAAUUGUUAUGGGAUUUAAGAAAUAUGGUAAGAGCAAGAAAUGAUAUUGGUUUAAGAGGUGUUAAGGGAACUACUGGUACUCAAGCAUCAUUUUUGUCCUUGUUCCAUGGUGAUCAUGAUAAAGUGGAGGAGUUAGAUCAAAAAGUUGUUGAAUUAAUGGGAUUUGAACAUGUUUAUCCAGUUACUGGUCAAACUUAUUCAAGAAAAAUUGAUAUCGACGUUUUAGCUCCAUUGGCAUCAUUUGGAGCAACUGCACAUAAAUUUGCUACUGAUAUUAGAUUAUUAGCAAACUUAAAGGAAGUUGAAGAACCUUUUGAAAAAUCUCAAAUUGGUUCAAGUGCAAUGGCUUACAAAAGAAAUCCAAUGAGAUGUGAAAGAGUUUGUUCAUUGGCAAGACAUUUAGGUGGGUUAUAUUCUGAUUCUAUACAAACUGCUAGUGUUCAAUGGUUUGAAAGAACUUUAGAUGAUUCAGCUAUAAGAAGAAUUAAUUUACCAUCAGCUUUUUUAACUGUUGAUAUUUUAUUAUCUACCAUGCUUAAUAUCACUUCUGGUUUAGUUGUUUAUCCAAAAGUUAUUGAGAGAAGAAUCAAUUCAGAAUUACCAUUUAUGGCUACUGAAAAUAUUAUUAUGGCAAUGGUUGAAAAAGGUGGAUCAAGACAAGAAUGUCAUGAAGAAAUUAGAGUUUUAUCACAUCAAGCUUCAGCUGUUGUAAAACAAGAAGGUGGUGAUAAUGAUUUAAUUGAAAGAGUUAGAAACACAGAAUAUUUCAAACCAAUUUGGAAUGAUUUGGAUUCCUUGUUGGAUCCAAAAACUUUUGUUGGUAGGGCUCCAGAACAAACUGAAAAAUUCGUUAAACAAGACGUUGCAAAUGCUUUAAAACCUUUCGAAAAAUAUAUCACAAAGGAAAAUGUAGCAUUAAAAGUAUAG